CUGUUUUAUUGAUUGAAAGCAUUUAGUCAAAGUUAACCUUUGACUGAUGGUUUUGUGUUAUUUUCCACCUCAAAAUAUGAUAAGGUGAUGAAAGUUCAGCAGAUUUCCACAUCACAACCCCCCCAAAAAAACGAAAAUUAAAUUUAUAUUGUGUUACUCUAUUGUAUUGUUUUUAGUUAUUAGUUACAAUCGUAAAAAGCAUGGCAGAAAUAUACUUUAGUGGCCUGUUGUAUCCAUAAUAUGAUGGACACAUCUAAUUGUGCCGAACAAGAAUGUCAAAAUGGAGAAAACAGUAUGAAAAGGCUGUUCUGCAACCAGCUGUGAAGUGUGAGACUGAAGCAGGAAGAAAACAAAGAUGCAGUUUUAAAGAGUGUGUGUUUUUUACACUCCGGUAAACUUAUGGAACAAAUCCGAGAGGAUGACAACCAAGAAGACUGGAUGUCACGUUUACCAGAAAAACUGUUGGAUAUCCCUUUAACAAAUCUCGCUAUACCAGGUGAGACUAUGAAAACUAUAGGUGAAUCAAAAGGUAGCCAUGAUGCAAUGAGCUACUGUCUAGAUAUCAAUUCUCCACUGCUCCGGUCUGAAUCAGACACCUUCAGGUUACUGGAUGGAGUUUUCUACUGUUUCACCCGACCAUUCAUUUACAGAUGGGCCACUACUCAGGUAAUAAACAUUGUGGAGCAACUUCAAGCAGGCAUUCGAUACUUUGAUCUCCGAGUUGCCCACAAACAGUAUGAUACUUCCAGUGAGCUUUACUUCACUCAUAUCAUUUACACACACGCGACUGUGAUCGAAACUCUAGAGACUGUUAAUUUAUGGCUUGAAUCUCAUCCCAAAGAAAUCAUCAUCCUGGCUUGCAGAAAUUUUGAAGGGAUGAGUGACGAACUGCACGAAGGAUUCAUCUAUGCACUGAAGAACAUUUUUCGCUCCAAGCUGUGCCCUGUGAAUGAGACUCUGGUGACUUUACGGAGGCUGUGGGCAUUAGGCUGUCAAGUGGUGCUGUCGUAUGAAGACCCGCAGUCAACAAUUCGCCAUAAGGAGCUGUGGCCUGCCAUCCAAUACCUUUGGGCCAAUAAGCCAAAUGCAGAAGAGCUGAUCCAGUAUAUGGAAUGUAAGAAGCAGCUUGGUCGACCUGAGGGUUUUUUCGUUGCAGGCUUGAAUUUGACGACCGAUCGAUGCUUCAUUGCCUCAAAUCCUCAAGAGUCUCUCAAAACAUUGACCAAGAAGUACUGGAACCGUGUGCAGGAAUGGCUUAAAGAACAAAAACCAGGAGCUGAACCCCCGUGUCUAAACAUAAUAGCAGGUGACUUCAUUGGACUCCUUCCAAUUUGCUCGCUUGUUAUUUCUCUCAACAAAAAACUACUUUAAUACUUCCACUUUUAAAUUGAAGUGUUCAAAUAUAAGAGUUUCUCUUAGAACUUCUUCAUUAGAUUGCACAUUUAACUGCAAGUUAAAUUGCCCAAAGUGCUACACAUAAUACAUAGAAAUGUAAAAUACACAAAUGGCAUGGACUACAAAGUACAAACAUUAGAUAUAAAAAAAACACAACAAGCAUUUCUUAGAGUACCUCAAAUGCUAAACUGAACAAAUGUCUUUAACUGUGACCUAAAAGUUUGAAGAUCAUUACAAAAUUUUGGCCCUACACUCUCAAAAAUAAAGGUACGCGAGGUGUCACUCAGUCACUGGGGUGGUACCUUUUCAAAAGAUCCACAUUUGUACUUGAAGGGUUCAUAUUGGUACCUCAAAAGUAUAUAUUAGUACCCACAAAUUUUAAGAGGAACACCUUUGUACUUUUUAGGCACUAAUAUGUACCUAUGAGAUAUUAAUAUGGACCUUUUUGGUACAAAUUUGCCUCUUUUAAAAAGGUACAGCCCAUUGACAGCUCAUGUACCUUUAUUUCUGAGAGUAUAGAAGAGCACCUGUCGCCUUUUGAUUCCUAUUUAGACCUCGACUGACUACCUGAUCUGAGUGACCUGGUCGACCUUCACAUUUAAUUGCAUAAAUCUGUAAAUCAACCUCAGUCCUGAUCAAAACUACUAAAUUGUUUUAAAAAAUUACAGGAUUUUAACUCUUUAAUUGCCAAGUUCACAAAUGAUGUCACUGAUUUGGUGAAAACAAAAAUGCAUAAAAUGACCUUUUCAAUACAAAAAGUAGUUUUCACAGUAUCUUUUAUCACAGUCUUGGACAUGUAAACGAUUAGUUAUAACAUUGGCUUUAAUGCAUUGUUAGAUUUUCAUUUCCCCCCUAAUUUACAGUUGGUGGCUUGUUUUGCCAUAAAUAGUUUUUUUUUUUUAGUUUUUUUUACUCCAUGUAGUUCUGAGAUGCAUAUUUAGAUUUUCUCAGACACAUCAAGGUAAGUGCUUAAAGGUCACUCUCACACACAUAUACACACUUUAAUUAUCUGUUUUACUCCAUAUAAAAUCCAGAAACUAAGCUUUUUAUGCACCGGCUAAAGGGUCUAAUCUAAAGGGUAAUCGUGCCAACUAAUGAUCAACAGUAAAAAUGACUAAUUUUACACAUUCUCAACAGGGAAAACCAGCAACAAUCAAAAACGCAUGAUUAUAUGGUGUCAUGGUUUUGCAAUCAAAAAAAUGUGUUUAUAAUGAAAGUCAACAGGGCAGAAACGGCCACCAACAGUAAAUUAGUGAGAAAAAAUGGAAAUCAAUCAAAAAACAAUGCAUCAAAGGCAAUGUUGUUUCACAUGUACAAGACUCUGAUAAAAGGUUUUAAAAAAUCCAGUCCACAACUACUUUAUAUAUUAAAAAUAUGUAAUUUUGUGUGUUUUUUUCUCACCAAAUCAGUAACAUACUUUAUAAAUUUGGCAAUUUAAGAGUUAAAAUCCUUUUUUGAUCAAGACUGAGGCUGCUGAACAGAUUUAUGCAAUUUAAAAAAAAAAUGAUCUGAAGUAUUUUUACAGCAGUUUAAUUUAGAGUAUUUUUUCAUCCCUAACAUAACAAAAGGGUCGUAAAUUUGCCCAGAGUGUAUCGUUGAGUUCUUUCAAAAAUUCAAAGCCUUUUCUUAAAAUCUGUGUCAAAAUAAGAUUUGUCAGCAAAAAUCAUUCUGCUAGCUGAAACACAGAAAAAGUUAUGGCCAAUUUAAUACUGAAAAUCAGCCCAGAGUGGAUAAAAACAUCCCCAACAGUACAUAAGGAACAAAAACCAGGGAUAACAUCUUAAAAUCAAUCCUGCACUUGACUGGCAACCAAUGAAGAGAAUAUAGCACUGGAGUGAUAAGUUCUCCUUUUUUGUACCAGUCAGUAACCUUGCUUUAGCGUUCUACACAAGUUGUAGAUGAAAAAGGUGUCAGACAGAUCCCAUUUUCAGGCAUAAUGUUAAACAAACAUAAGGUUUACAGCCUAGAAGCGUAUGCAGGUCAAUGCAACUGUGCAAUAUUUAAUCCUCAUUGUUUUCACCUUUGCUUUUUACUGCUGCUCAAUGGACAUUUUUGAUAAACAGCAUUCAUGUACUGUUCAUAUCACAACACAUCAUCUUUGUUUCUCAAUGUGCAAUUUUAUUGUAUCAAAAUAUAGGCUUUUACAUUUUUAAAUACUACUUAUAAAGCAAAUAAAUAUUUACACAUCA